AUGGGCGACUGGAAUUUGCUAGGAAGCGUUUUAGAAGAGGUGCACGUUCACUCGACCAUCCUGGGGAAGAUCUGGCUGACGAUCCUUUUCAUUUUCAGGAUGUUGGUCCUUGGAGUGGCUGCUGAAGAUGUUUGGGAUGACGAACAAGCUGAAUUCAUCUGCAACACUGAGCAACCAGGCUGCAGGAACGUCUGCUACGACAAGGCCUUUCCCGUUUCUCUCAUUAGGUACUGGGUCUUACAGAUCAUCUUCGUCUCCUCGCCGUCCUUGGUUUAUAUGGGACACGCACUCUAUCGCCUGAGAGCACUGGAGAAAGAAAGACAGCGGAAGAAAGCCCACCUUCGUACCGAACUGGAAGAAAUGGAGCUGGAGAUGGAACAGCACAGGAGGCUGGAAAAAGAAUUGAGGAAGCUGGAAGAACAGCGCAAAGUAAAUAAGGCACCUCUCCAAGGUUCACUCUUACGAACUUAUGUCUUCCAGAUCCUGACCAGAUUGGUGAUGGAGAUUGGUUUUAUGAUGGGCCAGUAUCUCCUGUACGGAUUUCGACUUGAUCCUCUCUACAAGUGUCUCCGAUCGCCCUGUCCCAAUAUUGUGGAUUGCUUCGUUUCCAGGCCAACAGAAAAGACUAUUUUCAUCGUCUUCAUGCUCAGUAUAGCUGCCUUUUCCUUGCUUUUGAAUAUACUUGAAAUCGUUCACCUAGGAAUCAGAAAAAUCAAACAGGCGCUUUACCUGGAGUCAGACCUAAGCAUGCACGAAUCGAAGAAGAACUCAGUUGUGCAGCAAGUUUGCAUUUUAGCUAACUCUUCGCCUCAUAAACCUGCUCCAAGCGCUCACGGUGGUUAUAAGCUUUUACCAGAAGAGCAGGGACAUCCUAGAAACGUCCCUAUUUUCUUGACUCCGAUGUCUCUUAGCAUGAUUAAAGGACCAAUUGAGCGGGCUGGAAGAGAAAAUUCAAUGGAUCAAUAUCAACAAGACCAAGAGCAACGCACUAGACAGCAUGAUGAUGAACAUUUUGAUGAGCAAUUGAGUCAAAUGAGGCACACUCUUCACACAUUACAAACUCAGAAUCUCUCAUUCAGUGGUGAUUGUGCCUUCAAAACAUCUCAACAGUAUGGCAUUGCUUCAAAAACCAACCAUAACAUUGAUAAUGCAUUGGAACAAACUAAGCCACCAACAUACCCAUCAUGUCAAAUGGAAAACUCAGUCCCCUUUGUUAAUGCAAUUCGUAAACAGAGCCAAGUCAGUUAUUACAAAGACUAUUUGGAAGAUCAUACUAGUAUUCAAGACUCCACUGUCAGAAAGAUCAGCUGCACUGGGUCUAAAUCAAAAAUGAUAUUGGAAAGCACAUUGGCCAGCCAACCCGAAAGUCCAGAUUCCACAAAUGUCUCUAGUUCUGAGUCAAAACAUAAAGAAGAGAGUCCACCUGUUAGACCUCCUCCACCAAGUCGCAAAAUGUCAAUGGAAACUGCUGACUAUGAAGAAAUGAAAUCCAUCUAUACAGCAGCGAUUAAAGACCCACAGCAACACUUCAAAAGAAACUGCACUUUACCAAAGAAGGCACGACUAAAUACGUUGUGCAGUAGCAGACCACGUAACUUCCAGCAGGGCUCCAUGAUACAAGAAGGCAAUCAGUCAAGAAACAUGGAGGAAAUAUGUAUUGUGAUCCAUGUGGUGAAAUGGUGA